CGUGUUCAAUAUGCACGGAAUCUGAAGCCAAACCUGGUAGCUUUAUCAUCACCUCCCACCCAUCAUCAUCUACCACAUACAAAUAUUGAUUCACACACGCAGAAACUCUAUCAAAGGAACAUACCCAAAUCAACAAACCAACCCUAAUCGUCUUUUCCGAUCUGAUCCUUUGCCAGUAAAAGUUCUAAAUGAGUCGUGCGCAGGAUGCAAACCGAUCGUUCUUCCCUUUUGGAAAUCCUUUUAGGAUGAUAUCACCUAGAGGCACUAAAAUGACUUCAGAGCUGUUGUCAAUAUUACAAGCUUUUGAAGUAACUUUGGAAGAGAGGCUUAAAAAGCUUAUUCCCGAGAGCAAGGAUGAGAUCCUUAGCUUGUCUUGGAUGAAUUUGGCGAUGCAGGCACUUUCUGAGAGUUAUAAUGACAUUAAAAAUCUUAUAGCAGAGCUUGAUCUGCCUGUUAAUGAUUGGGAUGAGAAAUGGAUAGAUGUGUACUUUGACAUUAGCGUGAAGUUGCUGGAUCUAUGCAUUGCAUUCAGCUCUGAAUUAUCACGUAUGAGUCAGGGUCAUCUUUUACUUCAGUGUGCUUUGCACAAUUUAGGUUCCUCCUCUUCAGAGCAGUAUCAUCGGGCAUGUUCUUCACUUGAUGGUUGGAAGCAGCAUAUUGGUUCAGGAAACCCUAGGAUUGAGAAAUGUGGAAGCAUUUUGGAUGGUCUUCUGGGGUCACUUGAUCUUCCUAAGGUUAAAAAGUCUGCAAAAGGGAAGGUCUUAAUGCAAGCUAUGUAUGGAGUCAAGGUGCUGACAGUAUUUGUUUGCAGUGUGUUUGCUGCAGCUUUUUCAGGCUCUACAAAGAAUGUCAUGCAUCUGGACGUGGCUGACUUAUAUUCUUGGUCCGGAACCUUUAAAAGAUUGCAAAAUCUUGUAAAUGAGGAAAUUAGAGUUAGAUUUUCAAGUGGAAGGUUUACUAUUUUGAAUGAGUUGGAAUCUGUUGAUUCCGCUGUAAAGGAAUUAUAUCCUAUUAUCCAGCGUGUUGUAGAUCCCGUCGAGAUGGAAUCACUUUCGAAUGUUGUCGAGGAAUUAGGCAAAUCAACGGAGAAGCUUUCACAGGGUCUAGAUCUUCUUACAAAGGAAGUCGAUAGCUUUUUCCAGGUGGUCUUGAAUGGUCGUGAUGCCCUGCUAUCUAGUCUGAGGUCAGGUGCUAUUGUCAUUCACAACAACAUGGGGGGUAACAGAAAUGCACAGAUUGUCAAUUGAAUUUGUCGCAACCUAAGACUGGUACAGACAUAUGGAUCUAGGUAUUUGGUUUUCUAUUUUAUGAUUGAUGGUUCUCAAUCAUGUAUGGCUUAUUAUUGUAUGGAGGUUAGAAUGAUUAGUAGUUUACAUGGCUGUAUCAUGGUUCGGAAAUGUAUAUUUGUGAUAGCCUGUGUAAUGUUACAUAGUAAAAUAUAUACAACGAAGUUACUUGUGCUCAUAGAAGUUUGUAA